AUGGCUUACGCACAAUGGGUUUCUGUUACCAUCGUUAACAUUGUUAACUCUGGAAUCAUUAGCGUGCAAGACGCUUAUGUUCUUUGGGGCAAGUUCUAUGAAGGCGACAACAAGAAUAAUGAGAUCCAGCCUGCCCAAGUCAACAAGACCACUGUUGCUCCAGGAGCGCAGGUGACUGUGGCCGCGUCUGGCCGUUCAGACUCGUCUUCCGGCGUCGAAGGCGGAUUCAACAUCCACCUGGGUGGUCAGAAGAUCUGCGGUGUCUACUUCAACUGCCCAUGGGGUGAGAAGACGAAUGACUUCCAGAUCAGGGACUAUGACCCAGCCACUUCUCCGUAUCAUAUUAAUACGUCGCCCAUCAACAGAGACAGUGGCGCUCUGGGCAAUGUGACCGUGACUGUGCUGUUGCGAUAG